UAGCUCAAACCAUACUCAAUCUCAAUAGUCGUCGGCCCAUUAAACUCUCCUUCUCCAAAACUUCAUCCAAAACCCCAAAACCAGAGCAGAGAAAUGGAAUCCAUCAACCACCUCAAAGGCUAUGGCAAAGUCAACCCAGAAACCCUUGAAAACCCAGAACCCCCUAAACCCCAAAAGCGCAUCUCCUCCGCCGUCGCCAUCUCCGCCGUCAUCUGCCUGACUCUAGUGAUCACCCUCGCGAUCGCCGCCCUCAUCCACGAGUCCACCACCGAGUCACCCGACGAGUCCCAACCCCAAUCCCUCUCCAACUCGGCCGAGUCAACCAUCAAAACCGUCUGCAACGUGACGCGCUACCCCGACUCGUGCUUCAGAUCCAUAUCCGCCCUCAACCACUCUCCAAACCCCGACCCAGAAGCCAUUUUCAAGCUCUCCCUUGAAAUCUCCGCUGCCGAGCUCUCCCGCCUCUUGGCGUUGUUCAAGACCGUGAACUCCGAUCCGGCGACUCAGGACUGCGUUUCUCAGCUGGAGGAAGCGAUAAGCCGGGUCAACGACUCGGCGUCGGCGAUGAGGGUGGACCCGGGAGAGAAGGCGUUGACUGGAGACAAAUUGAAGGACAUACAGACGUGGAUAAGCAGCGCCGUGACGGAUCAGGAGACGUGCUUGGAUGGGUUGGAGGAGAUGGGAUCGACUGCUGUGGAGGCGGUGAAGAGCGAGAUGAACAAGUCAAAGGAGUACAGCAGCAACAGUUUGGCAAUUGUGGCCAACUUCAAGGGCAUUCUUGACAAGUUCAAUAUUCCCCUCCACUAAUUAUAUUUUAAUUAAUUGUAUAAAGAAAAAAAGAAAAAGGAACAUGAGUUUAACUUUUUUUUUGGGUUUUGAGUGUUUUAAGUAUAAUUUUCUUCUUAAA